AUGACUAGGUCGAAAGAUAACUCAACUGAUAUUAUUCCGUGGUGGCAACAGCGCUCGGUGGACACGGAGGAUGACAACUUAUUUCUCAGAAGCAAUCAUUUCAUUCCUAACGAAGUAGGAACGCUCUGGGAACAUUUCCGCGACCACGGCUGGAUCACCUCUUCGGCAGAAUGCGUUCGUCGUAGCGUGGAAGAUUACACCGGACGUCUCUUGUUAUCGCACAUUGGCAACGUCAGCGCGAAGCAUGAAGUGUUACCCGGGUUCUGGGGACCUCCACAUUGGGAAGGGUCUGUCAAGGGCCUAAUGUUAGCCAAGCGUUGCCAUCCGGCACCCACAACACCGGGCUCGGGGGCGAUUAAUGUACAUACGGGGGUUAACCCUUUUGUUUGGUCUCUUUUUGAUAGUGCUUCCGCCGUUGAGUUCUGGCACUCUUUACCAGAGGAAGCCGUACCACUUACCACGCCCAUGACACCACCUACGACACCAUCCAAGCCCACGACACCACCCACGACAUCCACGACAUCCACGACAUCCACGACAUCCACGACAUCCACGACAUCCACGACAUCCACGACAUCCACGACAUCCACGACAUCCACGACAUCCACGACACCAAAAAUGCCGAGCCGACCUCGCGAACCUGGCCUUGCCCAAUCCACCGCAACAACACUCCGCAAGGUCAAGGUCGACACCCGUGCAGGUGAAAACAAGUUGUUCGGCUAUAAUAUAUCAACAGAGGUCAAGGUCGACACCCGUGCAGGUGAAAACAAGUUGUUCGGCUAUAAUAUAUCAACAGAGCUGAAGUUGGCCACGAUGCAAAUUCGCCUUUAUCGGACUCGGCCUGACUUCCACACGGAUCCCUCCCAGCUAGACGGAAGGACGAUUACGUUUUUCCGUGAGACUCAGGCAUUCAUCUUGAGUAUCUUGACCAAUUAUCUUCGUACGAUCUGUGUUGCGGCAUUCGAGCAUGCGAGAGCAAAGAGGCUUACUUGGAUCCCCAAAACGGAGUACUACGAUACGAUCAGGGACAUCGAUCUUGCCAAGAGAGAGACUUACGAACGGUCAUUCGACUUUGGACGCUGUUCCUCCCUUCUCGAGAUCAUCCGUCAGAAAGAUCCAUUCUGGCAAGACGUCACUCUUACUCCAUGGCAAGCGAAGAACAAAUUAUCCUACAUUCGCAACAAGAGAAAUCAUUGUGCCUUGGGACAUGAGAAGCGAUCGUUCUCUAAGCCAACGGCGACUUUGAUGGAGGACAGUUCCGUCAUCAAAUGCGUACAGGAUUCCAUCGAGUUCGUGGACGGGUUUGGGUAUGGGAAGUCUUACAGCCUGAGGAAGCUGUUGAAGGAGGUCAAGAAGUGUACGAGGGAGUAG